CGUCCUCUUGAGGCUUCGCUCGCUUCAAUCGUCUUUUUCUUCAGUGGGUUUAUUCCACCGAAAGCAGGACAACUGGCGACUGAAAUGGGCGAAUGGGAUCUGCUGGGCCGUCUGCUGGACAAAGUGCAGAGCCACUCCACAGUGAUCGGCAAGGUCUGGCUCACCGUGCUGUUUGUCUUCCGCAUCCUGGUCCUGCGCACCGGCGCUGAGAAGGUGUGGGGGGACGAGCAGUCUGACUUUGUCUGCAACACUCAGCAGCCCGGCUGUGAGAACGUCUGCUACGACCUCGCCUUCCCCAUCUCUCACGUUCGCUUUUGGGUCCUGCAGAUUAUUGCUGUAGCAACUCCAAAGCUGCUUUAUCUUGGUCAUGUCCUUCAUGUGAUCCACAUUGAGAAGAAGGUGAAGGAGAAGAUGAAGAAGCAGGCAGAGCUGGAUGAUCAAGCCAGUCUGUUCCUUAGUAAGGCCUACAAAGUUCCCAAAUACAUCAAGAGCAGUGGCAAGAUCAACAUCCGUGGCCGCCUCCUUCACAGUUAUGUCAUCCAUCUUGUGGCCAAAAUAGUCAUGGAAGUUUUGUUCAUUGUGGGUCAGUAUUUUCUUUACGGUUUCACCCUCCAGACUCGUUAUGUCUGCACCCGGUUUCCCUGCCCACACAAAGUGGACUGCUUCCUCUCCAGGCCUACAGAGAAAUCUGUCAUCAUCUGGUUCAUGCUGGUGGCAGCGUUUGUCUCCCUGAUCCUCAGCCUGGUUGAGUUGCUCUAUCUGUGCGUGAAAGCUGUGAAGGAGUGCAUGGCGAGGAGGCAGGACUACACCGUGACCCCGGUGACGCCUCCAGUUUUGGAAAGGAAAGCUUUUAAAAGCCGGGACGGGAUCGUCCAGAAUUGUGUCAAUUUGGAGCUGGAGCUGCAAGGACAAAAGUUUGGGGUGAACGGAGUCAAAGGUGGGCUGAACAAGGUUGCAGGGGUGAAAAAGAAUGCAUCAUCUGGGAACAACAUGGGGGAGGUCCACAUCUGA